AGUUCCGGUUCAGAAGACGGAAAAGAUCCUGUUAGGGGCGGCCGCUUCCUCGCAGUUCUCCCUCGGUCUUGCUAUGGCGUCAAGGUUACUCCGUUUGUGCGGCGCCCUUCGGGGUUUGAGCGCCGGCCGAAAUUCCCUUGGCUCGGCUGGCUUUGGCCCGUGGCGUCUGACGGGGGCCUCUCGCUCUCUAGCGGUUGGAGGUAUCCCAACUGAUGAAGAACAGGCUACAGGACUGGAGAGAAAAGUCUUAAAAGGUUUGGAAAAGGGGCUGGAUCCAUAUAGCAUGCUUCCACCUAAACAGCAUGCUGGAACAAAGGAAGAUCCCAACAUAGUCCCUUCAAUCAAUGAUAAGCGGAUUGUUGGUUGUAUUUGUGAAGAGGACAACAGCACUGUGAGCUGGUUUUGGCUGCACAAGGGAGAAGCCCAACGCUGCCCUUCUUGUGGGACACAUUAUAAACUGGUUGCACAUGAGCUGCCAUGAUUUGAUUCUAGAGCCUGCAGUGUGCUUUAUUUACUCAAGAUGGGACUGACCAGUCCUCUAGUUCUUAAGGGAGUGUACCAUGUUCUAUACACCAAAUAAAGUCUUUUGACUCCUUA